UGAGCAAUCCCACUCUGAUUUCACCCAAAGUGACAAACAGGCGUCUGCUACUCCUCUUUAAAGAACAAAAGAAUGAACGGGCGAGUGGAUGACAUCAUGCAGCUUUGCUGUGAGGUCUCGGCCAGCAGGAAGAUGAAAGCAGCGGUGAAGAGCUCUGGAAAGGGAGCUGCAGCGGCUGGUGGAGGUGCUUUUGUCGGGGGAAUGGUUGGAGGCCCAGCCGGUAUCGCUGUCGGUGGUACUUUGGGAGGUCUCAUGGGAACUUGGAUGACCAGUGGCCAGUUCAAACCUCUUCCUGAGAUCAUCAUGGAGCUGCCUCCUAAAUAUAGGGAGAAACUGUACUCUGAUGUCAUGGCUGCACUGGGCACACUGGACUGGAGAGACGUCACUAGCCUCAUUGCUCUGGUUAUGGGCAGUGCCACUCUGCAAGAACGAGUGCUUGCUGCUAUACUCUGUUAUGCCUCGAAAGAGCUCAAGGCCGAAGUGCUGUAUGAAAAAUGACCACUAAAGAGUGAACUUCAACAGCCAGGGUUUUCAAGUCUUGGUCCUGUUUGGUUAUAUUAGAUAAUCUGGUUGCUUUUGUACUCAUGCUGAGGCUCUUCUUAAUCUUCUUCUUCUCUCUUUCUAUACCAGUGCCUUUUAAACCAUUAGCUAUUUCUGUACAAUGCAGGUUACUCUAAUAAAGCACAUGUCCUUUCU